GUAACCUUGCUGUUAUAGCCUCUGGAAAAUACACACACCCCAGACACAUAGACACAGACACACUCUGUGAUUUGCUCUCCUGCUCUUGCGUGUAUGCUGAAGUCAGAACACCUUUUGUUCUGAGCAGUGUGCACUAAUGAGAAGCACCGUGAGCCCGAGGCAUGUGCACACAAACAUCCACCCACACGCAUUCACCUACAGAAGCUUACGUGCACACCCAGCAUGAAAUUCAGCAAGGCCUCAGCAUCAGCAGACUCUCGUUAGUGAGGCCUUGCAUAUAUUGUUCAUUCAAGCAUCUUUUGUGUGUGUCAAGAAUAUAGCAGUCUGUGUGUGCGGCUGUGGGGCUCAAUGCAGGUCAGGAAUAAAGGGCCGAUUGUGUAGCGACUUCUCUCAUUACUGUGGAAAACCCCAAAGCUAGCCACACCGCAUGAGUCAGCAAAGGACCAGGAGCACUGCAAGCGGCGGAGACACCCAGUGAGGGAUCAUUGGUUUUAACUUUGUAUGUGUGAGUGUGUGUGGGCAGAUGUAAAUACGCAGAAUACUGUAUGUGAUGGAUCUGUGGUGGAGUGAGUGUGUGGUUUAGUGGUGGUUGUGUGCAAUAAGUCCUAAAUCCAGUCUCUUCAGAGUGUGUGUGUUCACACUACUCAGUGGAAUGCCCUGUCUAAACAUCAUAACCUCUGUCCAGGGUAUCUGGUUUUCUUAGCAGAUAAACAGACACAGUGAAUUUCAUAAACCAAAUCCUAGAACAGGGGCCGAUAUAGAGUUCAGUGAUUGUUAGUCAUAACAACACUGACAAUGCAUGUGUGUACAUACUUCUUUAAACAAAGACUCAAGAUUACUCUUUAAACUUUUAUACAUGUCACAUCUUUCUUCUCAGGCCUUCGCAAAUGGAGCUGCUGUCUGCAGUGUGAGUGUCAAACCACUAGAGGUCUGUCUCUCUCCUGUUCACUGUUGUUUGGCUGUGUGUGUGUGUGAGAGAGAGUGAGACUUGACUGUAGUUUUUUGCUAGUUCCUCUUGUAGUGCAGGCUGCUGUUUCUUUUUUGAUUAAUAUCUUCUGUCUUGUGUAUCUAAUAUGUUUGUGUGUGUUAUAUUCUUUUCAUUCCUCCAUCACACACUUUACCUCCUCACAGGUACAUACUGUAUAAACCUGAAAUACCAUAUCACAGUGUGAAUUAUGUCAUACUUUCUUAUUUGUCUUUCUUGUAGAGGGUUAUGUGAGCAUUUUAAAUUUCUAUAUGCAACAUUCUCACAACAUCCUUCUGGCAUGUUUAAAGCAAUGUAUCUUAGCUUGAAUCUAAAGAGGCUAAAGGAAAAAAAAAAAACUGCCAUGGGAAUUUGAGACAAAACAAUCUUCAGAAAAAGAACCCAGCAGUGAAAUAAAUUAUUGAUUUGGAAUGUGUAGAAAUUACAUUUGUAUUGCUCAAAUUGUAUGUCUGUCUUUUAAAAACUGAUAAGGUUUAGGAUUCAAGAACCAGGUCACACUGUCAUAUUUAUUGAUUAAUGUAUAUGUGAAUCUGUGUAAAAAUAAAUUCCAGUAGGGAUUGAUCCCUACACGCUUGGAAGGCGAGCAAAUGUUAUUAAGUUAUUCAAUUGGUUGCAAUCUGCAAGGUAGCCACUAGAGGCCCCUAAAUCCUAAUCACUGGUCCUUUAAAGAUGACAUGACAUAAGUGUGGAUGUGAGACAACCGUUUUGCACUUGCAUGUAGUAGAAAUGAUUACAGGCUUUUUGUGGUGCUAGCUUGACGUUACUCCAAAAAUGUUAGCUCCAAGUCAUUGUUCAUACUCCUUUAGGUGUGUCAUCAUAUUAAAUCCAUAAAUUCUGUUUAUCACCAGCUUUUCAACAAACUUAAAUAUUCCACCUUUCAGACAACAAUGAUGUUAUUCAACUUCAACUCAUGGUCGAAUGUCCUUCCAGGUCUUAGGUCGGUUUGACCCCUCUGUUUACAAGUAUUACUGAGGGAAACACACCUGUUACAGCAUUAGAAAACGUAAUAACUGUAAUUUAAUUGAGACUUGGAAGUAUUAGCAAGUGCAAAUUCUGUGUUCUGAGUUUUGGUACUCAUUUGGUCACUCACGGUCAUUUUCUUUUGGGUUACAGAUGGUUUUGUUUGUCAAGAACUUCUGUCUGCGAGGCUUAAGACAAGGCAAAAAUUUCUGAAGGGCCUCCCUGCAAGCAUGUCUAGCAUUUUGAUUUGCCCUUCGAGGUUUAGGUGUGGAUAAACAUGACUGAGUGUCUACAGCCAUGCCAGCAGCUCUCUAAAGCUGUACUUGGGCACAACAAUAUUUUGACCUAAAUAUUAAUGUCAGCAUGCUAUUAUUCUCACAUGACAAUGUUAAUUGCUAGUAUAAUGUUUGCUGUUUUAACCAUCUUAAUUUAGCAUGUUAGUGUCCUAACAUUUGCCAAUUAUUAUUAACACAAAGUAAACAGCUGAGGCUGAUGGAAAUGUCUUUAGUGUUGGCUGUACUAAGGCACUGCAUGUGGCAUGUCUUGUAGUAGCAAUCCAUUUAUGCUAUCAGAUGUCAAGGUAUUUCAUUAAACAACAAAAAUAUAGACCUCAAGUUGGCUGUUCAACAGCACAAAGGACUUGUGUCAUUACACAACAGGUUUUGUCACUUUCUCUUGCAGCACAAUUUUUUCCAGAAUCUUUCAAGUCUUUUAACAAUCAGUACUAUACUACAAACUGUUCUAAACAAAACCACAAUAUUCACUAACCCUCACUACUUGACAUGGUAGUCAGAGUAUUGGAGCAAGAUUAGAAGGUCUGUGAAGACCAAAGUGUUUUCUAAAUUGAAUUAAUAUUUUGAGAGAGUUAGUCACAACUCUAUUGGUGUUAAAUGUGGAAGGCAGGGGGAGCAGGGAGGAUUGUAAAAUUUGUGAGGCUGCCUUUUCAAAAGGAACCCAAGCAGGUAGAUAGCCAGUAUUAUUUACUGCUCAUUCUAUAUGGGAAUUUUAUCAAUGUUUGCCCCUGUUGUGGAGGCGUGGCGCUGCCUGUGUGGCUGAUCUGACAUAGCUGUACAUGGUCACUGCUGCUUGUUAUGUAAAGUUUUUUGAAUUGCAAUGAAUUGAAUCCAUACACGUUUCUUUCCACAAAGGAAUUUGGAUACUCUUUUUGUCUAAUUUAAAACAGGAAUGUGCUAAAAAUAUAUAAGAACUUGGGUAGGACAAUCAUUUUAAGCUUAUUCGACCUGUCAAUAACAAGGGCAUAGAAGACUAGCAAUCAAAAUCUUCUUUUACUUUUUUUUUUUUUUUUACCAUUUUGUAACACUUUUUAAUUUAGUUUCAAUUCCCUUCAAAGACCAUGACCAUAUAAACAUAAACUCCCGCCUAUAGUUUAUUAUCUGAGUUGCCGUUAUCAUCCUGUGUCGUGCAAGGCCAAAGCUCCAACUGCUGGCCCCUGGUUUGUAAUGAAUCUGUGAGAGACAAAUGGACAGAGCAAGAUUAGGCAGAGAUGGGAUUGACUAAUAAUAGCGUCCACUAACAAAAGAGAAGGAGAGAGUGAGACAAUUGGGGGUGCAGUUAAAUAGAGGAACGCCAUAUUGUUGGCUGCAUCGCUGAUUUGUCCAUCCUGCCUCUGCUGUUGUCGGAUCUCUCUCCUGCUUCUGACACUGUGAGAUCUCAUCAGCAGGAUGCCUGAGCAUGUGCAAGAGAGGAAACCAAAGAUCUCAGCUUCAAGGAAGCUGAUGCUCAAGAGCCUGAUGGUUGCAAAGGCCAAAGAGGAAUUGGAACAAGAGAUCCUAGUUAAAGAGGAGGAGAAAGAGAAGUAUCUUGCAGAGAAAGCUCCUCCUCUAAACACCAGCAGCCUGAGCCUUGCACAGUUACAGAACCUCUGCAGAGAGCUCCAUGAAAAGGUAGAUGUGGUGGAUGAGGAGAGAUAUGACAUUGAAGCCAAAGUCAUGCUCAACACACGUGAGAUUAAAGACCUGAACAUCAAGGUGUUAGACCUCAGGGGGAAAUUCAAGAGGCCUAAUCUUCGACGUGUUCGUGUGUCUGCUGACGCUAUCCUUCGCUCGCUGCUGGGCUCCAAGCACAAAGUCUCUAUGGAUCUCCGGGCCAACCUCAAGUCUGUAAAGAAAGAGGACACUGAGAAGAAGAGGCCAGUGGAGGACAGUGACUGGAGGAAGAAUGUGGAGGCCAUGUCAGGGAUGGAGGGAAGGAAGAAGAUGUUCGAUGCUGCUAAGGGUCCUGCCCAGUGAACCCACAGGUGUCAUCACUCCUCCUGCAUCUGAAUUGGUUUCGUUUUCCCACAGUCUAUUGAGCUUUUGCAUUUCCAGUUAAUACUGUUAUUCUUGCGUAUGCUCCUGCGAUGGAGGUGAGAAGAUACCCCCACUUUCCCAAAGAGUUUUCUUCACUUUCCUUAAAGGUCCAGUUUGUAACAUUUAGGAGGAUCUAUUUAAACCAAUCACUGGCUCUGGUCUUUAGCGUUUUUCACGGCCACCACAAUUUCCCUCACACACUUGGAAGGCGAGUGGUAUUUAGUUAGUUGCAAUCUGAAACUUCGCCUCUAGAUCUCACUAAAUCCCACACACACUGGUCCUUUAAGAACUGUUUUGUUUACUGCUCGUUGAUAUGCUGUUAAAAAUUACUUUAUCUAUGUGCCACGUGCUAUUAUUUGUAUUGUUCUCAUAACUGAUAUUGCACCUGAAGCCCAGAGAUUUAGGCUUAUAUUUGUAUAGCUAUGUAAAAAAAAAUGCAGCUUGUAUUUCCAGAUAUUGUAACUUAACCAGCACGCCAAAUGAUAUUAUAGACAAUAAUAUGACCUAUCCAAAAUUAAAUUGCCUUUUUGAUAUUCUUGCUUGAUGUUUUUAUGAACUUUAACAAAGUGAUUUGUACGUCAUCAGCUGACGCAACAAUAAAACACAU